AAUUAUUUGGCGCUGUGGCGCAUCAUAUUGAAGACAUGUCUCUUCACGAAACAACGUCUUUAUCCUAAUAAAAAUGAACAAUGAAGAUCGAUCAGAUGUGAAAGAGCAUCAACACAAACAUGUCCGCCACGGCUGAGAACGCCAGCCGCAAGAGGAAGAUGAAGGAAGUUGCUGAACAACCACCGCCGCUGCCGCCGCCGCCGCGCUUCACCUAUUCGCCGGCGACACAGCUGCAGCUGUUCCCCCCUCAUCAAGCGGAGGCAUCUUCAUCUGCCAACCCGGUGCCUUCGCAUUUCGACACCGCUCUUCGCUUGAGCAGCAGCAUCCCCGCCCGUCAACAGGGCAGGGAUGAAGAUUUGCAGUGGCUGUAUAAACCUGUGAAGUCGUGCACUACAUUGUUGCUCACAGGAGACGGCAACAAGGAGAUGGAUGGUCUUCAUCAUAGUCCAUUGUUGCUCCCCGGAGGAGACGGGAAGAAGAAGGUGGAGGAGGAGCUUCAUCAUAAUCUCCAGAAACAUUACCCUAUGAUCCAAAAUGCUGUCAAAAGCUAUAGUGAUCGGGUGAGGGAGAUAAUUGAAGAGAUGUCAAUGCGGCAUUUGGAGGUCAUUACUAUUGCUGAGGAGAGAGCGAAGAAGAACAUGAAAGAGACACAUGACAAGAUGAUGGCUAGAGAAUUAGAAAAGACAAAUCUACUAGAGAAGGUGCUCGCGGGCUACCGAGACCACUUUAUGAAAUUGGGGCAGAAGUUAACAACUCUGGAUCACACCAACGAUUCUCUAAGGGCGGUUCUGCACCAAACCGCCCUUCGCGGCGGAGGGAAUGGCAGGUCCCUCACAGUACCACACGCGGCAAUGUUGGAGGAGGACGCUCAGUCGUCAUCGGUAGAUCCAGAGCAGUCUGACCCUGCUGUUAUAAUUACUUGUCGGGUUUGCGGCCGCCGGACUGCGACGGUGUUGCUCUGGCCGUGCCGCCAUCUUUGCCUAUGUAAGCGUUGCAAGGCUUUUACGAACCGCUGCCCAGUCUGUGAAACGGUGUUCGAAGUCGACGUCGAGAUCGACUUUUCUGGCUAAGCUGAAUAUAGUCAACAUGUUGGUCAUUUAUACUGAUUCUUUAUUUUUUAUUAUUUAUUACUAUGAAAUAAAUUGGACAUAAACCAUGUACAGUAAUGCUGUGCAUUUAAUUUUCAUUUUGCGACUAGUUUUGUGCAGGUAUUUUUUUAUAAAAUUAUUACUAAAAUAAAACAUAUUUACACAAA